AUUAGGACAACGGCAUAUUCCUCUUUCACAGCAAAUAACAUAACUUUUUUAUUUAUUUAAUUUUUUUUUUUGUUAAUUUGAAAAAAAAUUCUAAAUAAAAAAGUUUGCUCUUUUUUUGUGAGACUGAUUUACAGAAUCGAUUCUCUGUACCAUACCAGUAAUCAAUCCAGUUUAGGGUUCUUAAAGAUUUGAUUUUUCUUCAAUUUGUAUAACCAAAAAUGGGGAGGCCAAAUUGUUGCCACAUAUCCUUAGCUUUCGUUCUCAAAUUCCUUAAUUUUCUUCAAGCUUUCGUGGGUAUCUCCAUCAUACUCUACUCCUUAUGGAUGGUCGAUCAAUGGUACAAUCACAUCCCUAUAAACCCACCACCUCUUGCUCCUUCGCCGCAAGUUUCUGAUCAGAUCGCUCCGUUCAAGCUCGCUUUCGAUUUGGUUUCCGGCUUCGAUCGCAGUUUAUUGCUUGAUUUGCACUCCGUUAAUCUUCCAGCUCCAUGGUUCAUCUACUUUUUCAUGGGAGUGGGCAUUCUUUUGUGCAGCAUCACUUUCAUAGGUUGCAUUGCAGCUGAAGCAAUUAAUGGCUGUUGCCUAUGUUUUUACACUUUUCUUAAAAUUGUGUUUAUUCUACUAGAAGCUGCUUUGGUGGCAUUCAUUGCAAUUGAUCGUCGUUGGGAAAAGGACCUUCCAUUUGACCCAACUGGUGAACUUCAAAGUCUUCGAACUUUUAUUGAACAGAAUAUUGACAUUUGUAAGUGGAUUGGUAUCGUUGUGGUUACAAUACAGGCAUUAUCUCUGCUAUUAGCAAUAAUUCUAAGAGCUAUGGUUUCUACUCAAAAAUCUGAUGAUGACGGAGAAGAGGAUUUUGAUGUUAGGGGUAGAACUUGGGAGCCACUGCUGAAUGCACAGCUUGGCCAAGCAUCUGGAUCAACCAAAAUUGACGGAAGAGGUCCAGACAUCUGGAGCUUACGUAUGAGAGAUAAGUAUGGAUUGAACUCGAGCGAAAAGUUCAAUUCCGUGAAUCAGAAUGCACCGAGGAGUACAAAUUAAAGGCAGGCAGUGAUGAAGCUUGAAGGUUUACUGCAGGGGUGAAAAAGUGUAGCAGUGCUACUCAUAUUUUCUUCUACUUCCUGCUGACUACAGACGACAGAAAGAGUAUAUAUAUUUAUCACUGUUAGCUUGUUUAUAUUUGUUAAUUCUAAGCUCCUGCAUCCUGCUCCUGUUUUUUUUUUUAUUUUUUUAUAUAGUGAUGUAUAGGUCUGAUCUGAAUGAAAACUUGUGUUUCUCAAACAUUCUAAUGCUUUGUUCAAUUGGGAGUUUUUGUAAUAUGUGAGGAACUAAUAUCAUUGAUUGUAAUUUGUAAAAGAGAAUUUACUCAUUUGGUAUCCUAUGUUUUUGCAAAGUAUUAUUUUGGUA